UGUAGGAGUUGUCUCCCUUUGCAUAAACCCAUGUAAAGUAAAGCAGACGAAAACAAACAUACUUUAGACCUACACAUUUUAUUUGUAAACGAUCGCUUGUUAAUGGAAAAGUUUAUUUUGGGUCAUAAGGAUAAGAAGAAUGCUGCAUAGUCUUGGACUGACUUUUUCUGUUAUAAACCUGUUAGCAUGGAACCACAUAACAGCAAACACAAACACUCAGAAGAGAUAUAAACGAGCAACUAUCAAAGAUUAUUUUAGUAAUGUCGAAUCUUUAUCAAAAGAACACAAAACUCCACCUUCAAAAGCUCCAUCAUUAAUGAAAUUCCUAUUAAUUAACACGAAACGCCAAGGAAAAGACGUGUUUCAAUUAACAUGUUCAGACACAAAAGAACUUAGUAAGAUGUCUUUGCGAUAUGCUGGUAUUCUUCUAGAGUAUAGGCCAAAGAAAAAGCCAUUUUCGGCACUCGUUGGUCUUGAUGAAGACAAGGAUAUCCUGUGGAAUAAAGAUUUGAAGUGGGAUGAAAUAUAUGGCAACAAAUUAUUUGCUUCUGGAAAGACUACAAAUUCUGAAAGAGGUGUUGGAAAAUUGACUCUAGUCAUUCCAAACGACAAAUGUUAUAAUCAGUAUGGAACUAUCAGAUGUAAAAUAUAUACUUAUGCAGAGGCAAAGAACAAUGAAAAGGUGUACCGACAAGUUCAGCAAGAUAUGCCUUUCCCCUCAAAUGUAGAUUGUGAUGAGAAUUCACCACCCAUUAAACCUCAGAACAACACAGAGCACAAAACAAAAAGAAAACCUAAAGACGGCGCACAAAUUGACACACCGCCUUCGCCGAAGCACGAAGAGUCUGAUGACGCCGUUGUUUUCAUUUUCCUAUCUAUUAUACUGUUAGCUCUAGUUGCAGGAUGUGUUCUCGUCUGGCAUAGGAAAAAGACAAAGCAGAAGGAAAUUGAGGCAAAAAAGAAAGCGGAAGCUGAAUUAGAAACUGCUAAGAAAAGACAGAGUUCAAAGAAAAAAGCAAAGAAGCUUAGAUCCAAUAAAAAGACUUCAUCACUCCAAACUGAUUACAAUAAGAGUCAAGUAUCCACAUUGGAUUCACAUCAGUCCCGAGCAAGUCGAUGCACAGUAAAUCAGAAUCCCAGUGAUCAGUUAUACCCUUUGGAUUCACAACAGUCCAGAGCAAGCCGUAACACAGUGACUCAGAAUUCAAGAAAUCAUUUAUUUCCCUUGGAUUCAUACCAGUCCACAGCAAGUCGUAACACAGUAAAUCAGAGGCCUGGCGAUUAUUGGGAGUAGAAUAAAUGAUGAAAUAAAGAAACAUUUUAAAUGGAAGCAAUAUUGCCUACACUUAUGUUAAGUGGUUAUUGAGUAGCGUUAGGCUUGAAACUUUCAUUUCUAUAUGUAUUUUUGCUAAAUAUAAACAGUGUAUGUAAAAAGUACCGUAUUGAAUAUUAACAAAAGAAAAGAGUGUACGAAUAUUUUUGAUAUGACAUUACGAGUG